AUGUUUAAUCCUAGGUUCCGCGCAAUUUUUGUGUUUUCGUUCCUGGCAGCCGUCUUUAUCUCACCAGUAGUCGCGGACUCUACGGGAUCUUUUCUUUGGGACCCUACCGUGGACAAUGAAAUCAAUACUUAUGCCCGGGUCAUUGAGUUACAGCAUGCCGGUGAUAAGAAUGGCAGGUUGUUAGCUACUUGGGAGCACACAUACACGGCAGGUCCAGAUACGCGCAAGACGAAUGGAACCGCAGCGGAGUUUAUCAUUCGCAAAAGUGAAGACGAAGGCGAGACUUGGACUACCCUGACGACCGUCCAUGAUACGAAAGGGGACCCCAAAUAUCCAUACACCCGAUUCGAGCAACCUUUCUUCUUCGAAUUUCCUCGCCAGAUGGGCAAAUAUCCCGAAGGCACAUUGCUUUUAGUCGGCAAUCUCCUACCGUCCAAUGGCUCCACGACCAACUUUUUCGCCUGGCGGUCAGAAGACCACGGCGAAACGUGGGAUGCUGUAGGAGAAUGGCAACACGGCGGUCCAUCCCGUUCAGGCAUUUGGGAACCUUUUCUUUACAUGGAUAAAAAAGGCAGACUCGUAGAGGUGUUCUCUGAGGAGCGACAGAACAGGAUGCACAGCCAGAUGCUGGUCAAUGUCGUUUCCGAGGAUGGCGGCGAUACCUGGGGUGAUGUCGUGAAGGCUGUGGCCAGUUCCCGGGUCAGAGACCGACCAGGGAUGGCUUCGGUAGCGAAGAUGGGCAAUGGGGAGUAUAUCAUGAGCUAUGAGUUCUGCGGACACCCCCAUUGCCCUGUGUAUACAAAGGCUUCUAAAGAUGGCGUCUCAUGGAACACAAAUGAUACCGGGAUCAGGAUCGAUACCGCUGAUGGUAUUCAUCCCGUGCACAGCCCGUACACGAUCUGGGAUCCGUCGACGAAGCAAGUGAUCCUUUCCAGCCAUUACACAUUGCUCAAUUCCAACAAUCAGCCUGCUCCCGAAAAUUCUCGCUCCGUCUUCAUCAACAAAAAUUACGGCAAAGGUGAGUGGUUUUGGGCUCCAGCCCCUUGGACUGUCCCAAAUGGCACACGAUACUGCAAGGCCAACUAUAGUCCCGAUUUGCUUCCGCUUUCGAAUGGGGUUGUUCGAUAUACGGCGCCAGCAGGCCAAGGCAACAGCAGCUUUUGCUCGGAACGGACAGGAAAAGCGCCCAUCGGUGCCUUGCCUUAUACGGCAAAUUUUACGGCUUAUGGACAAACUGGUUGGAUUGACUUCGGGGGGAAGUGGAACGUUUCAGGUGAUGAGUAUGGAUUUGAGCCUGUCGGAAGUACCGAUGCGGUAUCUGUAACGGGAUCAACCGGGUGGAAAGAUUACAAGAUUACGGGGGACGUCAUUAUUACUGGCAGCUCUGGUUCAGUUGGACUGAAUGUGCGAAUGUCUGCCUCUGGCACGGGUCUUAAUAAGUUGAAGGGAUACGCGGUGGCUGUCGAUAGUGCCACUGGCAAACUGACUACCUAUCGACACGCCGACACCAAGACUGUUAUGCAUUCAGAAGCUCAUCCUGGGGGAAUUCAGGGAAAGAAAUGGUACCAUUUGUCGGUGGUUGCGAAGUCUGAUAAAUUCACGGUGACGCUUGCCGGAGAACAAGGCGGUUCGAAGACCACCUACACCGUCACUGACGGCAGCUUCAAACAAGGCAUGGCAGGAGUUUUCGGAAAUAAUGGUGGCGGGAAUUUCAAGAAUAUCCAAAUAACCAAUUAA